UUCAACAAUGAAAAAAAUUAAUAUUGUGAUUGAUGGACCAACAGCUGUGGAUAAAACAACUAUUGGAUCUGCUUUAGCAAACAGUUUAAAGUAUCGAUUUAUUGAUUCUGGAAUAUUUUAUCAUUAUUUGGGAUAUUUAUCUUAUCAAUAUUUGGACACAGAAAAUAAUUCAAAAACAAUUAAAAUCUUUAAAAAGAAUGUAACAGAAGAUGAUGAGUUAUUCAAAUCAAUAACUGAAUUAAUCAAUUCACUUGGUAAUGAAGAUUAUUAUUUGAGUGGGAAGGAAGGUGCAAAAAUAUCAAAAAAUCAAGAAGCACGUCAAAUUAUUAAUCAAUACAUACAUCAAAUUACAAAAGGAAAAGAAUUUGUAGUUGUUGGAAGAGAUGUGACUUUUAAUAUUUUAUCUGAUACUGAGGUUAAAAUUGUUUUAUCUGCUGAUAUUGAUAUUAGAGUUCAACAUCAUUCACUUCAAAUUAAUUCAACAGAUAUUAAGAAUAUUUUCACAGAUAUUCUUUAUCAUGAUUAUUUUUCUUUUAAACAACUUGAGCAAGCAAAAAAAAUUUCUACAAUAAUUGAUACAACAAAUAUUGAUUCUUUUGAUGUUAUUAAAAAGAUUUUUUCUAUUAUUCAAUUUUAUUUAUGUAAUUAUAAAUUUAAUUUUCAUUCAAUCAAAAUGUUGAAAAAACUUAAUAAACGAAGUAUUUCUGAAGUUGAAAAGGAUGAAGAAAAUUCUUCACCAAAAGAAUUGAUAAACUCUGAAAAUUGGGAAUUAAAUAAUACUGUUAAUAAUAAUGCUUUUGCUGAAGCAUUUCCUAAUAUUGGUGAACGCAUGAAAUUUAUGAAAGAUUUAUUACUUUAUUAUGAAGCAAGAAAAACUAUAUUUAUAUUGGUUGAUAGAAAAUUACCAAAAGAUAGAGAUCAUGAGUUCUUUGAAGAAAUUAUUGAAUGA